AGAAAAAGGCACCAGAGCGGUUCUUCCCUUCUUCUGUUUUCAUCUUUGUUCAUGAGUCCUUCAUGAUUUGCGCGGAAUGUGGUGCUCUUUGUAGGAAAUUGAUGCCUAGGGUUUGAGAUCUCAAGGAACGCAGAGUCCAGAGGUUUGUUAAUGGAAGCGAAUGCGCGAGAAGUGCUCUACGAGCCACGCCAUCACGCUUCGAGGCCUUACUUUCCCAAUUACCCUCCUCAACAGCUAAACGAAGGCGCCAAGCGGAGUUUCUUGUCGUUCCUCUCGGUUCCAGGUGUUAGCCAACUUAAAGAGAAAUGGAGAGAAUAUAGGAAUCCAAGAAAAGUGAGAAAGUGGGUAUCCUUGUUUAUUUCCCCAAGAGGCGAACGUGUGGCUGUAGCUGUUGGAAACCAAAUAACUAUCCUGCAGAAGGGUGACGACUACAGGGAGCCAUGUGGUAUUUUCACAAGUGCCAGCUCUGGGUUGUUUACUUGUGGAACCUGGUCGGAAUGUCAUGAUGUUCUUGGAGUUGCUGAUGAUGCCGAUACUCUCUAUUUUAUCAAAGGAAAUGGUGAAGAGAUAAUAAGACUGACAAAGAGGCAUUUGCAAGUGUCUUUACCAGUAAUUGGCUUGAUUGUGCCAGAAGAUAAUGAUACAAAUGGAACUUUCUUGUGUAGCUUCAAUAUUCUUACAUCAGAUGGUCUCCUUCACCAUAUUGAGAUCAGUCGAGAGCCCAGUUCUUCUGUUUCCUCCAUGUGCACCUUAAAGAAUCGGGUAACUCUAAAAAGGCAGUUUCCUGAGAAUGUUUUCUGCUUGGACUAUCAUCCAGAACUCUCUUUGCUUGUUCUAGUUGGUAGUGCUGUAGGCGUUUCACCAACCUCAGGACCAUGUUAUCUUUCUCUUUGGCGUAGGGCUAGGAAUUUGGAUCUGGAGCUGUUGUUCUCUAUUCAGUUCGAAGGUGUAUUUUCCAAGCCAAGAGACUAUGUAGGUCCAAAAACAUUUCCAAAGGUGCUCAUCUCGCCACAAGGCAAGUUUGUUGCUACGCUAGAUCUGAUAGGAUGCUUAGAAAUUUUUAAGCUAGAUGAAGAGUUCUGCUCUUUAUCCAAAUUUUCUUAUGGAAAGCAAUAUGGUUCUCAAGUGACUGACAAUUUGUCUAAUGGAAGGAGUAAGUCAUUGAGUGGUAAUGCAGAUUUUAUUUGGUGGUCUGACCAUAUACUUGCUCUUGCAAAUACAAGUGGCUCUGUAGCCAUGCUUGACAUUAUUAGUGGUAUGAAACUUCUGGAGGAUGAUGUAUAUUCUAUGCCUGUUUUAGAAAGAGGACAGCGGUUCCAAGGUCAGUGUUUUCUUUUGGAGAGUACCUUACCUGAGGGGAGAAAGAAUUUUCAUAGUAAUGGGGAAAAGGGUGGCUUGUCUCAUAUAGAGCUGGUUACUGAUGAUGGAUUUAAUCUGUUGGACAUGGCUAAUUGGCGCUGGAGCUUGAUAUCUUUUUCAGAGAGAUCAGUUCCUGAAAUGUAUAACCUUUUAAUUAGCAAUCAAAAAUAUCAGGCUGCCUUGGACUUUUCUGAUAGGCAUGGGUUGGAUAAAAGUGAAAUUUUCAAGUCACAGUGGUUGCAUUGUGGUCAAGGAAUAAAUGACAUAAAUUUGUUCUUGUCAAAUAUUAAAGAUCAAGCUUUUGUAAUUUCUGAAUGUGUGGACAAGGUUGGAUCAACUGAGGAUGCUGCAAAGGCUUUGCUGGCAUAUGGGCUCCGUCGAACUGACCAGUAUAGGUUUACUGAUUCGGAAGAUCAAGAGAGUAGCCAAAUUUGGGAUUUCCGUAUGGAAAGGCUUAAGUUAUUGCAAUAUAGAGAUAGACUGGAGACAUUUCUUGGGAUAAACAUGGGCAGGUUUUCUGUGCAGGAAUACAGGAGAUUCCGGAUUAUGCCUAUCAAUGAGACUGCUGUAAGACUUGCUGAGAGUGGAAAAAUUGGGGCCUUAAACCUCCUUUUCAAGCGUCAUCCUUAUUCACUGUCUCCUUCCAUGUUGAAAGUUUUGGCUGCCAUCCCUGAGACGGUUCCAGUUCAAACAUAUGGGCAGCUCCUUCCUGGACGGUUGCCCCCUUCAAGUAUAGCUCUAAGGGAAAAAGAUUGGGUUGAAUGUGAAAAGAUGGUGGACUUUGUCAAUGGAUUACCGGAGAACCAAGAGGUUACCACUCAGAUCAAAACUGAACCAGUUGUCCAGCAUUGCUAUGGAUUCCUUUGGCCAUCAAUUAAUGAACUUUGUGUUUGGUACAAGAAUAGAGCUCGAGAUAUUGAUACUUAUUGUGGACAGCUAGACAAUGGCCUUUGUUUAGUUGAUUUUGCUUGCCGCAAGGGUAUCUGUGAGUUGCAGCAGUUCCAUAAGGAUAUUUCUUAUCUGCACCAGCUUGUUUAUUCUGGUGAUGGUGAUGAUGAAAUGAAUUUCACCAUGAGUCUUGUUGCGUGGGAACAGCUGUCUGACUUUGAAAAGUUCAGAAUGAUGCUCAAGGGAGUCAAAGAGGAAACUGUGGUUGAACGCUUACAUGAUAAAGCAAUUCCAUUUAUGCGAACUAGGCUGCCGGAGAUGACCCCAAUUUCUGAAGAUUGGGUAAGGGACAAUCAUUUUAUGAUGGAGCAUGAGAAAGCUGAGUCAUAUUUAAUUAGAUGGCUAAAGGAGAUUGCAUCGGAGAAUAAACUAGACAUAUGCUUGAUUGUCAUAGAGGAAGGGUGCAAGGAAUUCCAAAAUAAUGGCAUAUUCAAAGAUGAGGUGGAAGCGGUAUAUUGUGCUCUGAAGUGCAUAUAUUUGUGCACUGUCACAGAUAGGUGGAGUACCAUGGCCACCAUUUUGUCUAAGCUUCCACAAAUACAAGAAUAUUCUGAUUUGACAGAUACAGAUUUGUCCUUUAAGAGUCUUGAGAAAAAACGUAAGCUCGCAGAAGGCCAUAUUGAAGCUGGGAGGCUUUUGGCAUUUUACCAGGUCCCAAAGCCUCUGAGUUUUUUCCUAGAGGCUAAUUCAGACGGAAAAAGUGUGAAACAGAUUCUUCGUCUCCUGCUUUCAAAAUUUAUCCGUCGACAGCCUGGCCGGUCAGAUAAUGAUUGGGCAAGCAUGUGGCGUGAUAUGCAGUGCUUGCGUGAAAAGGCAUUUCCUUUUCUGGAUUUAGAGUAUAUGUUGGUGGAAUUCUGUAGGGGACUGCUGAAAGCUGGGAAGUUCUCUCUUGCAAGGAACUAUUUAAAGGGUACUGGCUCAGUUUCCUUGGCAUCAGAAAAAGCUGAAAAUCUUGUUAUUCAGGCUGCAAGAGAAUAUUUUUUCUCGGCUUCAAGUUUAGCUUGCUCAGAAAUCUGGAAGGCUAAGGAAUGUCUCAACCUCCUUCCAAGUAGUAGAAAUGUCAAGGUUGAGGCUGAUAUAAUAGAUGCACUUACUGUCAGACUUCCAGACCUUGGAGUAACUAUUCUACCUAUGCAAUUUAGGCAAAUAAAAGAUCCAAUGGAAAUCAUUAAAAUGGCAAUUACAAGUCAAUCUGGAGCUUAUCUGCAUGUUGAUGAACUCAUUGAAAUUGCUAAACUUCUUGGGCUGGGCUCUCUGGAUGACAGCUCAGCUGUUGAAGAAGCUAUUGCAAGAGAAGCUGCAGUUGCUGGUGAUCUACAAUUAGCUUUUGACCUCUGCCUUGUUUUAGCUAAAAAAGGACAUGGUCUUGUUUGGGAUUUGUGUGCUGCAAUAGCAAGGGGACCUGCUCUUGAAAACAUGGAUAUACGUUCUCGUAAACAGCUGCUAGGUUUUGCUUUGAGCCAUUGUGAUGAGGAGUCUAUUGGUGAGCUACUACAUGCAUGGAAAGAUCUAGAUAUGCAAGGCCAGUGUGAGAAUUUAAUGGUGUUGACAGGGACAAGUCCUCCUAACUUCUCAGUCCAAGGUUCCUCAAUCAUCUCACUUCCAGUCCAUAGCAUUCAAGACAUAGUUAAACUAAAUGAUUCUUCUGAACUGGCUGAACAGGUUGGCAGUGACAAUGAAGAAGUUCAUGUCAACAGCAUCAAAAACAUAAUCUCUGCUGUUGCUAAAAACUUUCCUAUUGAGAAUGGGACUAAUUUGGAAUCUCUUCUGAGAGAAAAUGGAAAACUUGUAGCUUUUGCCGCUUUACAGCUUCCAUGGUUGCUUGGAUUGAGUACAAAAGCAGACCAUGAGAAAAAAUUGGAUUUGGGCACAAUUUCUGGGAAACAAUAUGCGAGUAUAAGAGCACAAGCAGUUGUUAGCAUACUCUCUUGGUUGGCUAGGAAUGGUUUUGCUCCCAGGGAUGAUUUGAUUGCUUCUCUUGCAAAAUCUAUCUUAGAACCGCCUGUUACUGAAGAGGAAGAUAUCAUUGGGUGCUCUUUUCUCUUAAAUCUUGUGGAUGCCUUUAAUGGUGUAGAAGUAAUUGAAGAGCAGCUCAGGACAAGGAAGGACUACCGGGAAAUAUCUCACAUCAUGAGUAUGGGGAUGACAUAUAGUCUAUUGCACAGCUUUGGAGUUGAAUGUGAGGGUCCAGCUCAGAGGAGGGAGCUUUUGCUGAGGAAGUUUAGAGGGAAACACUUGCCACUUAGUUCAGAUGAGAUGGACAGAAUAGGAGUACAUUCAACAUUUUGGAGAGAAUGGAAACUGAAAUUAGAAGAACAGAAGCACAUAGCAGAUCGUUCUAGAGUGUUGGAGCGAAUAAUUCCUGGUGUUGAGACUGCACGUUUUCUAUCUGGUGAUUUCAACUACAUUCAGAGUGUAGUCUUCUCCCUGAUUGAAUCAGUGAAGUUUGAGAAAAAGCACAUUCUGAAGGAUGUACUGAAAUUAGCAGAUACUUAUAGUUUGAGUCGGACCAAGGUGCUACUGCAGUACCUCAGUUCUGUCCUUUUAUCUGAGGUUUGGUCAAAUGAUGAUAUUGCAGUUGAGAUAUCUGAAGUUAAAGGUGAAAUACUUGCUUCUGCUGUGGAAUCCAUCAAAAUUAUUUCCUUGGUUGUCUAUCCAGCAAUUGAUGGGAGCAACAAGCUGCGCCUUGCAUUCAUUUAUCGACUUCUUACUGACUGCUACAUAAACUUGAAAGAAACCGAAGAGCCAUUGCCAGUGAUGCACCCCAAUCCGCCGCACCUAUCUACUUUUGGGUUGGUUCAUUUUUAUGAGGUUAUGGAGCAAGAGUGCAUUAGAAUAUCCUUUCUUAAGAACCUGAACUUCAAAAAUAUUGCUGGAUUAGGUGGUUUGAACUUUGAGUGCUUUCGUAGUGAGGUCUACAAACACAUAGAUGAAUUGAGUCUAGAAGCAUUAGCAAAAAUGGUAGACACACUUGUCAGCACCUAUGAUGGUCCAUUUUCUGAGGGUCUUAUAUCACAGCAAGAUGUCUAUAAGCAUUAUGUUUUGAGCUUGUUGGCAACCCUGGAAAGUAGAGCGAAAACAGACAUCCAUAUCAGAAAUCCCGAUGAUCAUCAGGGUUUAAUUAUUGAACUUGAGCAUGCUUAUGAUUCUUGUGGGAAGUAUAUCAGAAUCAUGACAAGUUCAGAUGCUUUAGACAUUAUGAAGCGAUACUUGACUGCUGCUGUUCCUCUUAGUGGUUUUCCCAAGAGUCUUCUGGGUAACUUGAUGUGGCAGGAUUGUCUUAUCAUGGUUAUAAAUUUUUGGAUCAGGCUGACUGAUGACAUGCAGGAAAUUACUUCUGAUGAGAGUUCAUAUGAACUACUUAAGUUCAAUCCUGAGUGUUUACUAAGGUGUCUCAGGUCUUUCAUGAGGUUGGUAAUGGAGGAGAGUGUCUCACCAAGUCAGGGCUGGGCGACUGUUAUUAGCUAUGUCAAGUAUGGCAUUGUUGGUGAUUCUGGUGCUGAGAUUUUCAUCUUCUGCAGAUCAAUGGUUUUUUCUGGUUGUGGUUUUGGAGGGGUUGCAGUUGUAUUUUCUGAAGCAGUGCAACAAUUUUCAGUUGGCUCAAUUUUUAGUGUUGAUGCUGAUGGAAAUGUUGACCAUAUCCAAGAUAUUCCACAUCUCUAUAUAAAUAUAUUGGAACCCAUUUUACAAGACUUGGUCUCUGAAUCUCAUGACCACCAGAACUUAUUUUCUUUAUUGUCUUCUCUGAGUAAACUGGAGGGUGAUUUAGAGGAGCUGAAGAUGGUCAGGCAUGCAGUCUGGGAAAGAAUGACCAAAUUCUCUGAGAACUUGCAGCUGCCGAGCCAUGUUCGAGUUUAUGCUCUAGAGCUUAUGCAAUGCAUCUCAGGUAGAAAUUUCAAUCUCUCUGCUGAGCGACAACCCAAUGCACUACCUUGGGAAGGGUGGGAUGAGUUGCCAUAUACAAGUGAAAACAGUGAGAGCACUUGCAAUGAGGGGGCACCUACGCACAUGGACACAUCUAGCAGGUUUACAAGUACCUUGGUUGCCCUUAAAUCGUCUCAGUUAGCGGCUGCCAUCUCACCCAGCACAGAAAUUACCCCGGAUGAACUUUUAACUGUGGACACGGCAGUUUCUUGCUUUUUGAAAUUGUGUGAAGCUGCCAUUACUGAUUCUCAUAUUGAUGCCCUGUUGGCCAUUCUGGCGGAAUGGGAGGGGAUUUUUGUUAUUGGCAAAAUUGAGGAAACUCCUGCAGCAGAAGUAUCUGAUGAAGGGAACUGGAACAAUGAUGAUUGGGAUGAGGGAUGGGAAAGUUUUCAGGAAGAACCUUCUGAGAAAGAAAAGGAGGAGAGUUGCGUCUCUCUUCAUCCUUUACAUGCAUGCUGGAUGGAGAUAUUAAAGAAACUUUCCCAGCGCUCUAGGUUUGAUGAUGUGCUAAAACUGAUUGACCAAUCCUUGGAAAAAUCUAGUGGAAAAUUGCUGGAUGAAGAUGGUGCCAGGAGUUUGGGCCAGAUCGUGCUCGAUAUAGAUUGUUUCAUGGCUUUAAAGAUGGUGCUACUACUGCCUUAUGAAGUAAUACAAUUACACUGUUUGGAUGCAGUUGAAAAUAAACUGAAGCAGGGAGGCAUCCCUGAUGCAGCUGGAAGGGGUCACGAGCUUCUGAUUCUUGCAUUAUCUUCUGGGAUUGUAUCAACCAUCAUCACCAAAUCUUCCUACGACACUAUUUUCUCACUUCUUUGCUAUUUGGUCGGAAACUUUGCUCAUCAGCUUCAGGAAGCUGAGUUAUUGAAGCACAGAGACAGAGUAAAGAACGGACGAGAAAAGAAUGACAGUACCAGAGACUUUCUCUUUCUUUUCAGAAAAAUUCUCUUCCCAUGUUUCAUAUCAGAGCUUGUGAAGGCAGACCAGCAUAUUCUAGCAGGAUUUCUGGUCACAAAGUACAUGCACACCAAUGCUUCUCUUAGCCUCAUCAAUGUUGCCGAAGCUAGUCUUGAAAGGUAUCUGGAAAAUCAGCUCCAGAAUUUACAGGAAGGCGGUUUCAGUUCAGAGGAGCUCAAAUCAUGUGAGACUUUGGGAAGUACUGUAUCCAACUUGAGAAGCAAUUUGGGAAACAUAAUCCGAUCGGCUCUAUCUUCCCUUCCUGCAAAUUCUUAAGGCUGCUCUACUCUUGCUUGCAAUGCAGUUGCAGAUGGUGUUCCUUGUAGUUGUAAAUUGCUAUUAAGGGAAGUGCGGGAUCUUUUUUACCUUUUCUUUUUGAGGUUUUGUUGUGGUGGUGUAGACAAAAUGAGUUGUACACUAUGGCUAUGUUUGGAACGUAGCAAAAAUGAAAGAAAAUGAAAGAAACAUAGGAAAGAAAUCAUUUUUCUUGUUUGGUGGUGAAGAAAAAUGUUUAUAUAUAUAUAUAUAUAUAUGAAAAAUAAAAAAACAAAAUUAUAUGGCAUUAA